CUACCACCGGUCACUCGCUUCCCGUACAAAACUACUUCUCCCGUCAACCGGUAACUCCCACUCUCUCCACUAUUUCAAAGCCCAUCCCCAAGGAAAUCAAAUAGUUUCAGCAGAGAGAAGCUCGCUUUUGAUGAUUGAUCAAAGAGAUUUUCAGAACCAUCUUCCUAAGAUUAGAGAGAGAAACCCCUUCCUGGGGACUAAUUAGAGAUAGAAACUGGUAAUUUUUGUGGGAGAUUAGAGAGAUAAUAUCUCUCUGUUUUUUUUUUAUGAAUUUUUAGAGAGAGAAACUCAAAACCAUGAGCUCCAUGAACACGUUUGCAGCUGCUAUAACGGGGAUUUUUGCAGUAUUUUUCCUCGCCAUAGUAGCCGAGCUCUAUUACGUUCUAUGGUGGAGAAAACGAUUCCGGGAAGAAACUGCCGUAAGUUCAAUUUCCGGCGACCUAUCCAGUGAAUCUUAUCAGAGCCAAUCUAAGGAGCUCCUCUACUUCUUAUGCUGGAAAAACCAAGCCACGGCCGCUGCAACGCCAGUCAACUCAAUUACUGCCGCUUUUCCGGCGACUUCGCCACCACAGCCUGACAAUUUCCAACAUUCCUCGGCUUCGCCACAGUCGGAAUCAGAUGGAUCCCUGUGUUUUACCCCACCUCCCUUGCCAGAAUCCGACGAUUUUCUGUACUUUCCGCCUGAAAUGGACCCCGAUUUGCUGAGGCUUCAUAGCCUUAUGGGAUAUCCUAGGGUUUUGUUCACCAUCAAAGAAGGGAGCAGAGAAGAUACAGAGUCAGAAGAUGCGAGAUCGAGAAAGAGCAAGUCAAGAACAAAGAGCUUGAGCGAUGCUUUUCUGGAAUCGGCGAUAGAGACGCCAUUUUCAACUCCUUGUUCCUCUCCCCCUUUCUUCACACCUCUCUCCUCGCCUGCACGUGAGCUCGCCGGGAAAUCUGUCCGUACGGUUAGGCAUGCCGACUUUAACCCAGAAAACGUUAUCUGGCAGCCGGACAGCGGGAGGAGAUCGCCUGAAACUUUCAGAGAGCCGGAAAAUUUAAGGAACUCGGUGGGAGACAGCCUCAGAGCGCCGGAAAAUGUGUUGAACAUGCCCGGAAACAGUAUCACAGUGGCGGUAAACUUGCAUGAAUUGCCGGGAGACGACUCGAAAUUCAGUUUCCCGGCAACCUUAGGGGAAUUCGCCGGCGACAGCAACCGCUCUUAUGUGGCUAUUACGAUCGACGCUGACCGGGAAAGUGCGUCGGGAAAUGAGGUUUUGAGCCAAUCGAGUAUUGUUUAAGCCUUGGGAAGUGACGGUCUUUUUUAUUACUUUUUUUAUUUGUGUUUUUGGAUAAUGUCUAGAAAUACUCUAAACUUUUCUCCAAAUGACCAAAGAACCCUGAGCUUUGGAAUGCCUUUCCAAAAGAUCCUCGCCCCUAAAAUCCUGCAAAUGUUCAAGUAGAAUUGGGCUGGGCCACUUGGCUCUAGAAAACUAUGGCCAAGGCUACAAUAUGUGGCCCAAGGUCCGGGCUAGUGCUGACUUGAUUCGGCCUUCUUUUUUUUAAUUCUUUUUUUAUUUUUUUUAUAGCCUCGGCGACCAACCUUAGGUUGAAGAUGAAAUACGGCUGCUUUUCUGUAAAAUACCCUGAAUUUAAAUCCUGAGCCCUUUUACUUACGCUCACUUAAGCUUUAAUAAUUUACCUAGAUUUAUGUGAUAUUUGAUAAUUGAUAUACUUCAUGUUUAAUUGAAGUCUCGUUUUAAAAGAGGGGACUUUGCAGAGGGCCGAGUUCGAGAUAUUUAAUUGAACUUGGCCUCCUUUCGGGGCAUUUGUGGCAUUUAAAGAAAGUGUUGGGGCCGUUCAUCUUAUCCCGUCUCCUUCCUGUAAGGAACAUCAAUGCUGUAUUUAUUUUCAUGUGCAGUAAACUGACUUUUCGAUUUGGAAUGUAAAAAUUGUGUGUUAUUUU